CUCGCGGUUAUUCGUAGCGCAUACCCGGGUCUACGCCGGUCUCGUAACCGAUCUUUUGUGAUUGAAUCAUAUUGUUCUUUUAUUAAAACAUGACUAUUUAAUAACAAAAAUUGUUUCUGUGCAUUAGAGUUGUGUCUGUGCAAUCGGGGAUGUGCUGUUCGGUGUGAAUGUUUGUGCACAUUUCUAUGUUUAGUUGCGCUAAUCAUUGCGUGAGAUUAGCCGUUGAGCGUGAAUUUUGUGUGAUAUUUUUUUAACAUGUAAUUCUAAUUUAUAGUUUAUGCCGGCUGCGUGUUUAAAUGGAAAAUGGCGUUACCAGGAAACACUUAGUCGGUCUCUGUCACACGUGAUUUGGUCUGCUUGCUGUCCUCGAUGAUUGUGUGCGUCCGUUGUGACAGCUGACACGAGCUGAAUGACGUCAUGUCGAGCAAGAAACACUCGCCGCAAGCUAAGCGGUCAGAAGCUCUCUCCGGGAGGCUGUCUAAGUCAGCCUCUGAGCUGUCUUGUUCCUCUCCGAUACGGACAGCACCGCCACGUGCCCGAUCAGCUCACCACCACGCACCGUUAUCCGUUGUACAUCGGACGCAACAUUUUUUUAAUAAUUUAAAGACUCGUUGGCAACGCAGUCGAAGUAGAGAACGCUGUCCAGCAGGCACCAUCUUUUCUCUAGCUCCACAAGACAGCAGUGGAACGGAGUAUGCAGCAGAUCAGAGCUCGGAGCACAGCACACCAGCUAACUCACCAAGACGAAAGAAAGAUUCUUCACUAACGCGUCAAACAUCAAUCGACCCAGUGCCAUCAACGUCGGGCACUCCUGCGCACAUCUCGCGUCCGCCCGUGGAUCUACUGCAGUUGGAACCAGACGAAGGACAAAAGUUAAGGGAACAGCACUUACGACAAUAUGCCUUCUUUCAACUUAGGAUACAUUUAAAAAGAGGUCAAAAUUUAAUAGCGAUGGACAAGAAUGGAUUGUUGUCAGGCACCAGUGAUCCAUACGUGAAGUUUAAGGCUGCGGGCAGACUACUGCAUAAAUCAAGAAUAGUGUAUCGGGACUUGAAUCCUGUGUGGGAUGAAUGUUUCACGGUGCCUAUUGAAGAUCCUUUCCAGCCAGUGCAACUGAAGGUUUUCGACUAUGAUUGGGGCUUGCAAGAUGACUUCAUGGGCUCCUGCCACCUCGACCUCACAGCGCUGGAGCUGGGACGGUCUCAAGACCUGGUGCUAUGUUUGCGAGAUCCAAACAAACCUGUCCAGGAUUUGGGUGAAAUCGUCCUCAACGUGACGCUGUACCCCAAAUCACAGGAAGAUAAAGAAGCGUAUCUGUUGAAAAACACAAGGCUUAGCGACGUUAACAAGAGACUGAAGGCACAGAUAUGGAGUUCUGUGGUGACAAUAGUUCUAGUUGAAGCGAAAAACCUACCAGCGAUGGACUUGGACUCUAGGUCCAGCGACCCUUAUUGUAAAUUUAGAUUAGGUAACGAAAAAUACAAAAGUAAGGUAGUGUGGAAGACUCUCCACCCUUCAUGGCUGGAACAAUUCGAUCUUCACUUGUAUGAUGAUCAGGAGCAAAUCUUAGAAGUAACAGUAUGGGAUAAAGACAAACAGACUAAGGAUGAUUUUUUAGGAAGAUGUACAAUAGAUCUCUCAAUAUUAGAAAGGGAGAAGACACAUAACAUAUGGCAGGACCUCGAAGACGGUAAUGGACAAAUAUUUCUCCUACUAACAAUAAGUGGUACCACACAAUCGGAAACAAUCACAGAUCUCGCUAGCUAUAGAGAAAAUCCUAGGGAUGUUGAAAUUAUUGAGAGGAGAUAUGCGUGGCACAGACUAAACGAGACAACAAGUGGCGUCGGGUGGCUGUGCGUCAAAGUAUACGGUGCUAAAGGCUUAGCGGCUGCGGAUUUAGGAGGGAAGUCCGAUCCAUUCUGCGUAUUAGAACUCGGUAAUGCUAGGCUACAAACACAUACAGAGUAUAAAACACUCACACCGAACUGGAUGAAGAUAUUUACCUUCACAGUUAAGGACAUAAGUUCAAUAUUAGAAUUAACAGUGUACGAUGAAGACCACGAUCAUAAAGUUGAAUUCCUCGGUAAACUGGCAGUACCUUUGUUGAAUAUAAGAAAUGGGGAAAAACGGUGGUUCGCGCUAAAGGAUAAGAAGAUGAGGGCUAGAGCGAAAGGGAAUUACCCGCAGAUUUUGUUGGAAAUGAGCGUCAUUUGGAAUCCACUCAAAGGAGCAAUCCGAGUUGUAAACCCAAAGGAACCCAAGUACAUGCAUCAGGAGGCUAAGUUUAAGAGGCAGUUGUUCAUUCGGAACGUAAUGAGACUGAAGGCUAUCAUUAUGUGGUUUAUUGAAGUUGGAAAAAUUUUACAAGAUUGUUUUGAAUGGGAAUCCAGGAUAAGAUCGUUCAUAGGUCUGCUAGCGUGGCUAGCGUUUUGUUACAACUAUCAAAUGUGGAUGUUACCCUUUUUAUUAUUAACCUUUUUUGCGAGAAACUGGCUUAUUUAUAGACUAACGGUUCCAUUAAAACGUUUCCGAUGUAAUCCUUGGGCGUGUCUGAAAGAAUUAUUUUGUAGCGGAAAUCCUUUGCUCUUACCUGUGGAUGAUGAUGAUCUACUAGCUGAAGAAGAUGACGAAGAAGAAGUAGACAAGGAGGAAAAGAAAUCUCUAAAAGAAAGAUUGCAAGCUAUACAAGAAGUAACACAAACAGUACAAAACGCCAUCGGUUACGUAGCUUCCUUAGGAGAAGCUGUAAAAAAUCUUAUGAACUUUACAGUGCCAUAUCUUAGUUAUAUAGCUAUAAUUAUGCUAAUGGGAGCCAUGUUCGUUUUAUAUCUCAUACCAUUGAGAUAUCUUCUCAUGGCGUGGGGUAUUAACAAAUUUACAAGAAAAAUACUACGUCCUCAUACGAUACCUAAUAAUGAAGUUAUCGACUUAUUAUCAAGAGUGCCAGAUGAUGAAACUUUGUUAGACAUCAGAGAACUCAAGCCCCAGCCGCCGGGUGACAACAGACGAGACGCCCGAAAGAAGAAGGCAGCGUAACAAAAAUAUUUAUUAUUGUUAAGAAAAAUAAAUAGUCACCUUUUUCAAGUGGCAACACUGUUGUUGUAAAAAUGAUAAUUUUAUUGAGUUGGAUGUAAGUGCAUCACAAAUCAUAACGUAAAUGAAAGUAAAAUUUUGUUUAAUUGAGUAUUGCCAUAUAAAUAAUUAAUACCAUUUUAGUAAUUUUUGUAUAACUUAUAAAAUUCUAUAUUAAUUUAAAAUAGACUUAAAAUGUUUUGUGUGUUGCAAAUGUUGACAAGAUAAUGUAAUGAAUAGUACCUCUUUUAGCGUCCAUUAGAAAUUGGUUCAUUGAAAUCAAAAUGCAUUACAUAUAUUGUACUGUAAGUAUGGGUUUCGAAAUAAGUUUAUAUUGCUUAUGCAAGGUGCUGACUGUUGUAAAGUAAGCCGUUCGAAUAUAGUUACACUUAAUAAUAAACGAUUAUUCUAAAAAAAAAUAAUAUAAUUUAAGUUACUGAAAUAAUUACGAAAGCCGAUUACUAUUCCAAUAUUAAUUUUAAUAAAGGCGUAUUAUUUUAAAGGAAAUGAAUGAAUGCUUUAUUAUUAAUAGUAUAUAAAGAUUAUUAUUAAUUCACAUUUUCGAUACAAUGAUUAAUAUUAAUUCACUCAUGGUUUUUGACACUUUUCCCACUUCACCUUUUUAACGCAAUGAUACAAUUAUUUAUUAAUUAACAUAAAAUUAUUUUACGUUAUAUAUAAAAAAAUGUACAAAUAUUUUGCGAGGUAUGAUCUGUGAUUUGAAAGCUCUUAGUUUAUGGUUGCAUGGAAGUCAUUUCUUGAUAAAAGUUUUUUAUAACACCAAUUAUUGUAAAUAUGGUCCAAGACCAGCUGAAACCGUAUCUUGUUGUAUUCUUCAAUUUUUUAUUCAUAGUUUUAGAUCUUUGAUAGGUUCCGCUAGUUAACUUUAUUAGAAUAUGACAUAGUUUAAAAUAAUAAUUCGAAUAUUAUAUUAAAAAUCGUUGCAUUUAUAAUAAGAAUGUAAAUAAUCAAAUUAAUAUUGUAAUGUGUAGGUAGAAUUUUUAAAAUGUACCAUUUUUUUGUAAGAAGUGUUAUAUUUUAUGUUAGUGUUAUUGAUAUUUAUAAAAUAUUAUUAACGAUGUACGGUAACAUUUUCAUUAGAAAAAAACCGCAAUAGAAUAAGACUGAGACCAAUCUCAUGAGAACUUAGAAACCAUAAAAUAAUACAAUAUUAAAUAAAUAAUUUACAUAUAUAAUACUUAUCUAAAUUGAAACAUUUCAAACUUUAACUUAAUUCUAUGUAAGCUGUUUAAAGCUUAUUUAUAAUAGCAAGAACCUAAUUAGAUUUGUUAAAAGUUUAUACUUGUAUAUUUAAAAAAAAAAUACUAUUUCCAAACCGUAUAUAAUUUUUACAAGAUAUAAUUAAAUGUUUGUUCAAUUAUAUUUAACAAAAUGGUAUUGAUCGCUUAAAUAAAGAGAAUACCGACAGUAUCAGCAAAUGAGUAGCAUUUUCAAAAAUUACAAUUUCUACUAAAUAUUUAUAAUAAAAUCUUUACUUCUACCUAGAUUUGCUGUAUAUGAAAGUAAUAUUUUCCAUCAAAAUAUAAUAUCUAGUCAUGCGUUUUAACUUUCUGAACUGAAAUUAAUAUUUUAAAUUAUUUUACGCUAUUAGCACAAUUAAGAGCACUUAUUCACUAAAAGCGCACAUCAUGCACAUUUAAAAUAAAAUUAUUAUUAGCUGCGUCUUAUUGUGAUAUAAAUAAAUUUGAUAACAUUUAAUUUAAAAUUAAACUUCUUUUUGACAUUUUAACUUUAACUGCUUCUAAUUUAUAUAGUCUUUCAAUAAGGAGGCAACAUUGGCAGUGUUUAUUUUAUUCUAGUUGAAAAAAUAUUUAUCAUUAUUGUUUUAGUAGGCAUAUUGGAUUCGAUGUCAAUUGAAAAAAGUUGAAAUUGUAAUUGAUUAAUUUUAAGUUUGUAUUAAAUUCCUUCUUAAUGAAAUAUGACAUUUAUUUAAAUGUAAAAAAAAAUUAAAAAAUAUAUAUUUUCGCUAUCUUACUUACAAAUACAUUCACUGUACAAUUUAACAAAUAUAUUUAUUAGAACAUUUUCUUAUCAUUUAUUAUAUUUAUGUUUUUAAAUAAAAAAUAUAGUAUAUAUGUAUAUCUUAUUAUACACAAAUUAAAAUGAUAUUAAAUUUCCUAUUCAACCAAUUUUGUUACACAACUGCUUGUAAUAUACUCCUUAAAUUAU